UGAAGGCCCAUGUGUAGAGGUGAGAGGCGGGGGUCCGGCCGCACAGCGAGAAGCCGAGGUGCCUUCGGAGGUGUUGCAGGCUCGUGGCUCGUGGCUCGUGGCUCGUGACUCGUGACUCGUCCGGGAGGCGGGCCCGGUGAGGGCUUUCCUUUUUCCUGGCCGUGGCCCGGCCGCCUUCCUGGGUGCCCCUUUACCAGAAGCUUGAAACAGAGCUGACUAGUGCGCUUUCUGAGUCGUUCUCUGACAAGGGGAUUUCCCCUGGUCUCCAGCCAUGCGUCUCUCUGCCCUGCUGGCCUUGGUUUCCAAGGUCAGCCUGCCCCCUGAAUACCGGUAUGGGAUGAGCCGCCCCGGCUCCCUGGCAGACAAGAGGAAGAACCCUCCAGGGACCAGGCGGCGCCGGGUGGCUGUAGAACCCAUUUCUGAUGAAGACUGGCAUCUGUUCUGUGGGGACACGGUGGAGAUCCUAGAAGGGAAGGAUGUUGGGAAGCAGGGUAAAGUGGUUCAAGUUAUCCGGCAGCGAAACUGGGUCGUCCUGGAGGGGCUGAACACACAUUACCGCUACAUUGGCAAGACCAAGGAUUACCGGGGAACCAUGAUCCCUAGUGAGGCCCCCCUGCUCCACCGCCAGGUCAAACUUGUGGAUCCUGUUGACAGGAAACCCACUGAGGUGGAGUGGAGGUUCACUGAGGCAGGAGAACGGGUACGGGUCUCCACAAGAUCAGGAAGAAUUAUCCCCAAACCUGAAUUUCCCAGACCUGAUGGCAUUGUUCCUGAAACAUGGAUUGAUGGCCCUAAAGACACAUCAGUAGAAGAUGCUCUACAAAAAACCUAUGUGCCCCGUCUAAAGACGCUGGAAGAGGAAGUGAUGGAGGCAAUGGGGAUCCAGGAGACCCGGAAACACAAGAAAGUCUAUUGGUAUUGAGUUGGGGAGAGCAGCUUCUCCCCAACUUCUCUGUCUUAGCCUUGAAGGCUGUGCCCACCUUUUCUUUGAACUCCAAUAAAGAGCCAUGAAUAAUCCCCAGUGUCAGGGACUGAA